AUGUCAUUUGUCGUGCUCACAUCACCAACUUAUGUUUAUAUAUUUCGUUAUGAUAUAAUUCGUUAUUGGAUAAUUCUUAUAACUACUAGGGGCUCAGCAAAAUGGAUGAUAAAGUUAAUCAAUGAAUUACUUAAAUAUGACAGAAAAUUUUCCAGUCUUCCUAGAACCAUUCAAUUACGAGCACCAAGCAUAAAUUUUUGGUCAAAAGUCGUAAUUUUAUAUUGUGUUUACUUUUGGGCGAUUCAUUUUGCUAUAAUACCUAGCACUUUAAAAAAAAUUGAGUUGGUUCAAUUGUUCGUUGGAACAACUUUUGGUGUGCCACGGUUGGUGGACUUUGCAGUACUAACUACGACAUGUUUUUUCUUGGGAAAUUUCGGAUGUCGAUUCCGUGCAUUAAAUGAAUUUUGGAAAUCAUUAAUAGUAUCAUUUGAGAUAUUACCUGAAUAUUGGACCAAUGAAGAUAUUGUGAUGAUAAUUGAAUGCUGCAGACUAUUACAUGCUGAUCUUUGUACGAUGCUCCGGAUGUUUAGUCUUGCCUAUGGACCUGUUUUGCUUGUAUCUUUUUUAUUUUUCAUAGUUGAUAUUGUUCAUCAUUUUUUCAUAAUAGGAUAUAUUGAUGACCCAUAUUUAUCAAUUAUGCCAGCAGUUAUUUCAAUUUUACAAUUUAUAUUCUACAUUUCAGUAAUUCUUACACUUGGUUCAUGGUCUCGCUAUCAGAAAAAUAUGAUAAUCUUAAACAUACGUUCAACACAAGUUGCUAAUUUACCAGAAAACGUUUUUGAGCAGGUAUUAUUCUUUAUGGAACAAGUUUCAAGUUAUGAAUAUUAUGAGUUAUCAGCAUUUGGCGUCUUCGAUUAUGAUUUAACAUUGAUAUCAUGGAUUACAGUUUUUGUGUUUAAAUGUGUCAUAACCAAGGUUCAGAUGGAUGAAAACUCAUCAUUUAAUAAUUUGGUAAAUGUUACAUUUCCCGGUUUAUGUACAUAUGAAUAA